CUCAGCGCCGUCUCUGUUCUCACCAUUUCUCAUCUGGACGUUGAAGAGGAGCCUCGUUACAGAACGGCUGCUGUGAUGAGGUCAUUGAGAACGGCUCCUCCUCUUCCUCUGGUCUUUCUGCUCAUGACUGCUGGAGCUUUUGGAACAGAGUGGAGUGUGAAGUACAACCAACUGGAAAUCUGUGCUUUAAAUGGAUCCACAGUGUUUAUGAACGCAACUUUUACUCACCCAGAAGGUCUCACAGUGAAGGAGACUUUCUGGGGUAAACACACAGGGGUGGAGCUGAGUGAUCUGAGUAAAGACCCAGAUUAUUCAGGCAGAGUCGAGUUUUUCAUUGAUGAUCAGAAACACUUCUCCCUCAAACUGAGUGAUGUAGUGAAGAAGGAUGAACAUCGGUUCCGCUUCAGAAUCAUAACAAAUGUAGAAAAAGAAAGAUGGUGGGGUAAACCUGGAGUUCAGCUCAGAGUUACAGAGCUCCAUGUAGAAGCUCCUGAAGAAGUGACCGAGGGACAAACAGCAGAUCUGACAUGUAAGACCACCUGCAGUCUGACUGACCCAAAAUUCAUCUGGUACAAAAAUGGACGUCCUUUAACCACAAAGACCAUCAAGAACAACCAGCUCCACCUGCAGAAGGUCAGCAGUGAGGAUGCAGGCAGUUAUAGCUGUGCUAUAGGAGGAUCUCAAGACCUCCGCUCUACUGCUCAUAGCCUCAGAGUCAGACAUCCUCCAAAGAACAUCUCAGUGUCCAUCAGUCCCUCUGGUGAAAUAAUGGAGGGCACUUCAUUGAAUCUGACCUGCAGCAGUGAUGGAAACCCACCUGUGAAGAACUACACCUGGUUUAAGGGAUCAGCAUCAGUAGGAGAAGGAAAAACCUACAGCAUUCCCAACAUCAGAUCUGAGGACAGUGGAGAAUACGCAUGCCAGAGUCGGAAUGAUCAUGGAGAAGGAAACUCCACUGCUGUGAAGAUUAAUGUUAAGUAUCCUCCAAAGAACGUCUCAGUGUCCAUCAGUCCCUCUGCUGAAAUAGUGGAGGGCACUUCAGUGAAUCUGACCUGCAGCAGUGAUGGAAACCCACCUGUGAAGAACUACACCUGGUUUAAGGGAUCCGCAUCAGUAGGAGAAGGAAAAACCUACAGCAUUCCCAAAAUCAGAUCUGAGGACAGUGGAGAAUACACAUGCCAGAUUGGGAAUGAUCAUGGAGAGGGAAACUCCACUGCUGUGCAGAUUAAUGUUAAGUAUCCUCCAAAGAACGUCUCUAUGUCCAUCAGUCCCUCUGGUGAAAUAAUGGAGGGCACUUCAUUGAAUCUGACCUGCAGCAGUGAUGGAAACCCACCUGUGAAGAACUACACCUGGUUUAAGGGAUCAGCAUCAGUAGGAGAAGGAAAAACCUACAGCAUUCCCAACAUCAGAUCUGAGGACAGUGGAGAAUACGCAUGCCAGAGUCGGAAUGAUCAUGGAGAAGGAAACUCCACUGCUGUGAAGAUUAAUGUUAAGUAUCCUCCAAAGAACGUCUCAGUGUCCAUCAGUCCCUCUGCUGAAAUAGUGGAGGGCACUUCAGUGAAUCUGACCUGCAGCAGUGAUGGAAACCCACCUGUGAAGAACUACACCUGGUUUAAGGGAUCCGCAUCAGUAGGAGAAGGAAAAACCUACAGCAUUCCCAAAAUCAGAUCUGAGGACAGUGGAGAAUACACAUGCCAGAUUGGGAAUGAUCAUGGAGAGGGAAACUCCACUGCUGUGCAGAUUAAUGUUAAGUAUCCUCCAAAGAACGUCUCUAUGUCCAUGAGUCCCUCUGGUGAAAUAGUGGAGGGCACUUCAGUGAAUCUGACCUGCAGCAGUGAUGGAAACCCACCUGUGAAGAACUACACCUGGUUUAAGGGAUCAGCAUCAGUAGGAGAAGGAAAAACCUACAGCAUUCCCAACAUCAGAUCUGAGGACAGUGGAGAAUAUGCAUGCCAGAGUCGGAAUGAUCAUGGAGAAGGAAACUCCACUGCUGUGAAGAUUAAUGUUAAGUUGGAGGGCACUUCAGUGAAUCUGACCUGCAGCAGUGAUGGAAACCCACCUGUGAAGAACUACACCUGGUUUAAGGGAUCCGCAUCAGUAGGAGAAGGAAAAACCUACAGCAUUCCCAAAAUCAGAUCUGAGGACAGUGGAGAAUACACAUGCCAGAUUGGGAAUGAUCAUGGAGAGGGAAACUCCACUGCUGUGCAGAUUAAUGUUAAGUAUCCUCCAAAGAACGUCUCUAUGUCCAUGAGUCCCUCUGGUGAAAUAGUGGAGGGCACUUCAGUGAAUCUGACCUGCAGCAGUGAUGGAAACCCACCUGUGAAGAACUACACCUGGUUUAAGGGAUCAACACCAGUAGGAGAAGGAAAAACCUACAGCAUUCCCAACAUCAGAUCUGUGGACAGUGGAGAAUACACAUGCGAGAGUCAGAAUGAUCAUGGAGAGGGAAACUCCACUGCUGUGCAGAUUAAUGUUAAGUAUCCUCCAAAGAACGUCUCAGUGUCCAGCAGUCCCUCUGGUGAAAUAGUGGAGAUCAGUUCAAUGACUCUGACCUGCAGCAGUGAUGGAAACCCACCUGUGAAGAACUACACCUGGUUUAAGGGAUCAGCAUCAGUAGGAGAAGGAAAAACCUACAGCAUUCCCAACAUCAGAUCUGAGGACAGUGGAGAAUACACAUGCCAGAGUCGGAAUGAUCUUGGAGAGAGAAACUCCACUGCUGUGCAGAUUAAUGUUCUUUAUCCUCCAAAGAGCAUCUCAGUGUCCAUCUGUUCCUCUGGUGAAAUAGUGGAGGGCAGUUCAGUGACUCUGACCUGCAGCAGUGAUGGAAACCCACCUGUGAAGAUCUACACCUGGUUUAAAGAAGGUGGAACCUCACCUCUAGGAUCUGGACAGAAUUACAACAUCCUCAGCAUCACUGCUGACCACACUGGACUGUAUUACUGUGAAGCUCAGAAUGACCAUGGAGCUCUGAAUGGAACUGUGAUGGUCACUGUUAAGAGUAGGUGGUGA